UUCAUUGCUGCAGCAUUACCCCUAGGCUUCUGGCGGUAAGAAGAAACAAGUGUACAAACUGGCUGGGCUACGCUGAAGCUGAGCGAAACGCGUGUCUGUUGCUUUAGUCCAUCCUCCAAAAAACUGAGCAUCGGCGGGAGAAACCGUGGAAAGAAGGCGCCUCAAGCAGCGAGAAACUUUUGGGCGAAGAAAAUCAUUGCGAAGCACCUUUACCUGCGCUAACUUUUACUCAACUUUUACUACGCCAGCUAUCGGUGGCUUGCUUUUUCACUGACUUUCCAGGUUUUGGGACGUAAGACGUUGGCACUGUUUAGAAUGGCAGCUUCAUUCGUAUUUCUGGCGCACCUGUUCAUGUGUUUGAUUACCACGGACCUCUGGACGGCAGCGUCAGAACAAACAGCGAGAAGUGCACUGGAGGAAGACAUCGAGUCUCCAGUUAAUCAAGCUCCUGACAGCUCCGCUCAGGACAUGGUUUCAAUACACAUGUUCAAGCUUUAUGACAAAUACAACAGGGAACUCAAUCGCCAGAGGGACGGCAAUACCGUUAGAAGUUUCAAGGGAAGCCCUGAAAUUGUGGACCGGAAGGUGAUGUACCGGUUUAAUUUGACCUCCAUCCAGGAAUCUGAGGUGAUACUUGCCGCAACGUUCCACUUCUUCUUCGACAAGCGUCCUCGGCAGAGGUCUGGCUUCUGUAAGCGCUUCAAAAACCCCUCCUGUCGCGUGCAGCACCUCCACCAGCUCCCGCCACUCCACCUCCUCUUCAGGAGCGCCUCCUCGAGUGUGGCACACGGGCCGCUGUUGGGAAACGUCACCGUCUUCCCGCACCGGAGAGGCACAUGGCAAAUUAAGGAUGUAUCGCAAGUCAUCAAGGGGGCCAGGAAUGCGAACAAGCUCUUGGUCACGGCCGAGUUUGAUUUCGGCGAGAAGUACCAGAGAUACCAAGACCAGCUUUCUCCAUCCAGUCUGCCGUAUAUGCUGGUUUACGCCAACGACUUGGCCAUAUCGGAGCCGAACAGCGUGGCCGUGACCUUGCAGAGGUACGACCCUUUCCCGGCAGGCGAGGAGCCCACGCAUUCCCCCAACUCAUCUCCUGACGCGCGGGUUAAGAGGGACACUUACUUCCCGGACCCCAUCCAAAAUAACGAACUCCCCGAGGUCGAGUACAACACUUUCAAGAACCACGAGCUGUGGGAAAGCGCUUACUUGGCGCUGAAGCCAAAGACUUUGAAAAAGGACCGUAGAAGAAAAGGCCAAGAGAACAGUGAUGGAUUCAGCAAGUCCCAGAUUCUCAGCUUUGAUGAGAAAACCAUGAAGAAGGCUCGCCGGAGACAGUGGAAUGAGCCGCGCGUCUGUUCCAGGAGGUACCUGAAGGUGGACUUUGCCGACAUUGGCUGGAGCGAAUGGAUCUUAUCCCCCAAAUCAUUCGAUGCCUACUAUUGCGCUGGUACCUGCGAAUUCCCCAUGCCUAAGGUCGUUCGCCCGUCCAAUCACGCAACCAUUCAGAGCAUCGUGAGAGCGGUGGGGAUCGUUCCGGGGGUGCCGGAGCCCUGCUGCGUUCCCGACAAAAUGAACCCUCUCAGCGUCCUCUUCCUGGACGAGGACAAAAACGUGGUGUUAAAGAUUUACCCCAGCAUGUCAGUGGAGUCCUGCGCAUGCCGAUAGAGGGCCUCGGGAAAGACGAAGGGAUGGAUGCUGUUCCGCCGCUGACGGAAAUACGGCUCUUCACCGCGAACUUAACUCAAGGGUCGUCUUGUCCGUAGUUCAUACGCGUUAAGUCCCGCCUACAGCAAAGAGGCUGACCGAGGACGAAGGCUGCAGACUACACAGACUCAAUCAUAAACUGAAAACUGUCGUACCGUUUCCUGUGCUUUAUGGACAACAGUUUGGCCGUCACUUCUUGGCUAUCAGCGCUGUUUCAUUUUACUUCUUUCUGCGCAAAUAUGCGUGCGUUAGUGGAUUGUGGAUACUUUAAGGACCUGUUUGUACUGUUAUCAAGCAAGUGAUUGCUAUUACUACUUUGCCUACUAAUGGAGUCUUUAAUAUUUUUGAGAAAUGGCUAAACAGAUAGCAAAUAGUACUAAGAUUUUGAUUGUGUAUAUUUAAAUAGCACUUGGAUUAGCAUGUA